GCCCUCGGCCUGGAAGCGGGCGGAUGGGGUGCUCUGGUGGAGCGGACGAGCGGUGGCAGCGGCAGCGGCAGCAUCCUCGGCGGCUUCACCGGCCUGGCUGGAUUGGCGCGUCGCUGCGGCGUCUGCCUGGCGACGUUCCCGUCGCCGUGGCUGCUGGAGCGUCACGCGUUGCUCCAGCACGCCGGCCAGACCAGCGACGACAAGCCGUUCACGUGCGAGCAAUGCGGCCAGCGUUACCGCUAUCGGUCCGCCUACGUCAAGCACCGCGAGCAGAAUCAUCGCGCUCGGCUACCGGCCGACAAGCUGUUCACCUGCGACGUGUGCGGCAUGCAGUUCAGGUAUCUCAAAUCCUUUAAGAAGCACCGUCUCAAUCACGCUCUCGAGCGGCUGCAGCGCGCGCCCGAGUCGCAGAGCACCGCCGUCGUGGUCGUCUCGGCGCCGGCCGAGCGUAGCGACCAGGUAUCUAGCACCGGCGAGCCGUCCCAGGUGGAGACCGGCAGCGACACCACGAAUCCAGGCGACGUCGAGGAGAUACGCGGCGUCUUCUCCGAAAGCGUCCGCGGUGACGAGACGAGCGUCUCGGAGACCGCGAGCGUCCAGGAGAAUCUCGGCGAUGCGGUGGAGGUGCAGAUAACGGAGACAACCGCGGCCGCCGGAAUCGGCGGAGGCGGUAUCGGCGGCGGCGGCGGAGGUACCAGCAACGAGGUCGGCGACGUCGACGACAACGCCGUCGAUGACGAUCGGUCCCACGAGCCUAGCGAGGCGAUGAUCAGCCUCGCUCGUAGCGGAACUCGCGAGGCCGAUCGGCGCGAGCGCCGCUUCGCUUGUCCCUUCUGCGGCAAGUGCGUCAGGUCCAAGGAGAAUCUCAAGCUACACGUGCGCAAGCACACCGGCGAACGGCCGUUCGUCUGCCUGUUCUGCGGCCGUGCCUUCGGCGGCAAGAGCGACCUUACGAGGCACCUGCGCAUCCACACCGGCGAACGGCCGUAUCACUGCGAGAUGUGCGGCAAAUGCUUCGCCCGAGCCGACUAUCUCUCCAAGCACCUCACCACGCACAUUCAUCAGCGCUAACGCGAUCGCAGCUCGGCUUACUAGCCAUCUCGGUAUCCUCGAAGCCGAGCAGCGAGCAAUGUUCCUCUUUCUCUCCGGGGCGACUCUCGAGGGUUAAUAUUGUAAAAAAAAAAUUGCACGCCAAGAUAAUAUUAUGUAAUACGUUGAAACGAAUUGAACGACAUUUACCGCGCGCUCAAUUGCAUGGUAUCGAGAGCGACUGGCGGGUAAUAAGUAUCUAGUCAAUUUACGCGCUCAACUGUAAUAAAUUUUCUCUAAUUAUGGUAUUUGAAGGAUAGAAACUCAUGUCGCGUUUAAUUCUGCGAUUAAGCUACCGCAAAGUGGUAGCGGCAAUAAUCUUUUUGGCGUUGUUCAACCAACAGGGACGCUUCUCAAGCGCCGCUUCGGCGCUUCGAUAAAGCACAUUAAAAUUGAAAUCUUCGAGUAUUUGAUUGUUCACCAUUAAAAGAUUAUCCCUCGAGUCUCAGUCCGCGACGAUCACGGCUAACCGUUAUCGAGCGAAAAUAAUUUCGCUUGUAAAGAGUACGGAGAGUCGGAUAAAAUCACUAAGGGACUCCUUACUGAGAGAAAAUAGAGGCAAAUGAGAGAGAUAGAAACCCGGUCCCAUCCAUCUUAACAACCGGCCCAACAAGACGCGUCAAUUACGGAGAGAAUAGAAACAGUGUGUAAAACAGCGCGAUUAAGCGCGAUCUCUCAUCGCUACGACCCACCAGUAGUACGUCCGACGAUGAUUUCUUGGAAUACACGACAGUGAGACUAACUUGUGAUAAGGAAUAUGAGAAACCAAGAGAAGAAAAAGAAAAAACCAAAGAACGCAACGACGCGGCGGGCGAAAGCCGACGGUCAAAGGCUUCUUUUUGUUGUCUUUUUCGUCUUCGUGCUCUCCAUCGACAAAGUGAUAUAUUUGUAAUGUAAUAGCUUAACCUCGAUAUACUCGGUGUGUACUCGAUAUGUAAUAUAAUUCGCGAUGAUAAUGCCGCGUGUGCGAUAACGAUAAUUUCUCUCUACGCUGCAGCUCCGUGCAAACGCGAACACGUCGACGGACCUUUUUCACUUUUACACGGAUGAUAUUCGAUUCCGCAUAAUUAGUUGAGAGAUUCUACUGAUAAUGAAUUCACACUUUUCUCUCGAGAACUCGAUCAGAUUAAUUUCAAAGGAAUCGAGAAAAGAAAAUAUGGAAUUGAAUUUUUAUUUUAAAAUUCUCUUAAUUAGAUAUCUCUCUUUAAUUAAAUAUUCUUAACUCUUCUUCUCUCCGAAAUUAAUUUUUCUCAAGUUGUUAGAGUGGGUUAAAAUCUUCAGGACUCUCCUCGACUCGAGGAACAUUUUUUCACCGCGAAAAAUAUACUUUCGACAAUUGGCGUACACGCGUGCACGGCAUGUUCGUGUCUAUGGAAACCGAGACAAGUUAUUAAAGUCCCGCAAUACCUACUCCAGACAUCUUUGAUUAUGUUGUCAGAGGCAAGGUGAGGCACGCAAACGACUUUUCGUGAUGAACUUUUUAAAAGCUAGGGAGUUUCUGGCCUAUUUUAUUAAUCUACUUUUUGCCACGAGCAAACGUAUGAUAUAAAACCCGAUCGAAUCAUAUCGCGGAAAGGAUUAGAGGUUUAAAAUAUUGAUAUGCAAUAUCGGGAGAUGUAAGUUUCGAUAUUUCUUCAACAAAAUAUUUUUUUCCGAAAAACAAAUGCUAUUUAUUCAAUCUAUUAACACACACAGAAAUAUACAUUUAUAUUAUAUACUCAUCAUUGAUUUCGAGAAAUGAAUAGAAUCUUUCUGAAGAUAAAAAUAAAAAAUUUUCUUUUAUAUCAUAUAAUAAUAAAAAUGGGAUACAUUUUGUUUUGAGAUUCCAUCAAUCCAUAGAGGAUUAAAUUAUUUAUCGAACAGCUAUUUCCGCGAUGGCGUUCAUCAUCCGUGUAAAACGACGUGUUCGACGUUGGCACCGAUCGGGAGGGCGAGAAAGCCUCCCGGAAAGCGUUGCCGGUGCCUUUGAAUUCUCGAAUGAACGAAUGAAUAAUCCUUUCCUUGAUGAUGCGGAUAGCAAUAAUAUAUAAUAUCUAUAUAUCUUUCGUUUCUCCCGCGCCACAGAGACACCACAGCGCGAUUUAGGUUUGUCGUCGGGAGCCGCGAAGUAGCGUCUUGUUGCACGGUCUAUAUUCGGUCCUUCCAAAAGUCCUCUCCACUUACAGUCGCUAUCCAUUCUCUCCUAGAUAUUGAUAUAUGUGUAUAUACGCUAAAUAUACCUACCGUACAUACAUAUACAAUAACAACACGCUGUCCAGUUAUGCGCGAGCGCAGAACGAGAGUGGCCGGCUCAUUCUCUCGGGAUCGGUCUCGUAAGUAGCUUUAACUUUCGACCACUUCAUAAACCAAGUCCGAUUGUGCGAUCUCGUUGCGAGAGGGAUAGGAAGAGAGAGAGAGAGAGAGAGAGAGAGAGAGAAACGAUGGGAGCCGUUUCUUAGAGAAACUUGAGCAAACUCGAAGGAUCAUUUACGAGGCCGAAUCCCUCUACUUGGUCAGAACACUUACUUAGCCCUUAAGUGAUAUACCUAUAGUGUACUUGCUACUCUGUGUACUCUCGCGCACUCUCCAAAGUACGCGAAACGAAGUUGAAUAACGAAGGUGCUAUCUAACGAAUAGGGUUGAUCGCCAGAUGCCGGCCGGCCGGUACCUCGAGAGACGAGAAACGUGAAGACGAAACACGGCGAGGAGAAAAGAGUAAGGAAAAGCUCUACAUUGCCAGCUAAUAUCUACCGUGCCAAAAGAAGGAACUGUUUAGCGAAAAAAAAAAAAA